UAACAAACAUGGCGGCGGUGGGAGGAGAGCUGCUCAUGUUCCGUGACGCUGUUUUUAUAAGAAAAUAGAGUUUAUUUUAACAUUAUACGUUAUAUUAUUAAUCUGCUUUGAAUAUGGAGCCGGUUCCGUUUCCGGAAGAGGUUCUGGAGAGGAAAGUGUGUGUGGUCGGUUCGGAACUGGUGGAGAACUACACGGUUUACAUCAUCGACGUGACGGAUGGACGGCACCGAUGGACCGUGAAGCACCGCUACAGCGACUUCUACGACCUCCACGAGAAGCUGACGGCAGAGAAGAAGGUCGAUCGACGGCUGCUUCCUCCUAAAAAGAUUUUGGGUAAAAACUCGAAGAGUUUGGUGGAGCGGCGACAGAAAGAGCUGGAGCUUUACCUCCAAACGCUGCUGCAGCAGUUUCCAGAGGCCACGCCCACUCCGCUGGCCUCCUUCCUGAACUUUCACCUUUACGAGAUCAACGGCAUCACCGCAGCGCUGGCUGAGGAGUUGUUUCAUGAAGGCGAGCAGCUGCUUCAGGACGGCGAGGUGUUUUCUCUUCGUCCUCUGCAGCUUUACUCCGUCUCCCAGCAGCUCCGACAGGCCAAGCCCACCUGCCUGACCGGAGACGCCAAAACGGACCUGGGACACAUCCUGGACUUCACCUGCAGGCUGCGCUACCUCAAGAUUUCUGGAACCAGAGGUCCAGUAGGAACCAGUGACAUCCAGGAGAGCAGCCUCACCUUCGACCUGUCUGUUUUCAAGUCACUGCUGCACGUCGAGAUCAGCGACUGCAGCUCUCCGCAGAUCCAGGGUCUGUCGUCUCUGAGGUCAAGUCUGGCCACGAUGAGCGUCCAUCGCUCCACAGAUUCCAUGACGGCGAUCCUGGUGCCCGAGGCGAGCGAAUUCUCCCAGUGGGAGCCUGAGGGAGCGGAGUCCGGGUGUCCCGUCACUGCCGUCAUUCCCGUGUGGAGGAACCUGACCACGCUGGACCUGAGCCACAACUGCAUCAGCAGCAUCGACAGCUCGGUGAAACUCAUCCCGAAGGUGGAGUUCUUAGAUCUGAGCUACAACCAGCUGUCCUCAGUGGAUAACCUGCAGCACCUGUACAACCUGGUCCACGUGGAUCUGUCCUAUAACAGCCUUCGGGUCCUGGAAGCUGCUCACACUCGACUGGGGAACAUCAAGACCCUGAGCCUGGCUGGAAACCAGCUGGAGAAACUGAACGGCCUCUCCAAGCUCUACUCUCUGGUCAACCUGGACCUCAGCCACAACCAGCUGGCUCAGUUGGAGGAAAUCAAGAAUAUCGGCGCUCUGCCGUGUUUGGAGAAGCUCAACCUCUCCAGUAACCCCAUGUGCAUCAUCCCUGACUACAGAACCAAAGUCCUGGCCCAGUUCGGAGACCGUGCAGCCGAGGUCUGUUUGGACUGUAGUCUGACGACGGAGAAGGAGCUGGACACGGUGGAGGUGCUGAAAGCCAUCCAGAAAGCCAAAGAAGCCAAAGAUCGAAUGAGCGGCGGCGACAAGAAGAUCAGUGAGGAGACCAGACCGUCUGCUGCUGCGCCUCCUCCCUCCUCCUGCUGCUCCUCUCCCAUCGCCUCCUCUUCCCAGUCGGCUCAGAAGGCCGCCCACCCCAGCCAAGAAGUGACGAGCAGAGAAGUUCCCCCUGCCGUCCUCCCUCCUGUGGACGCUGCACCUCCCCCUCCGAGCUUCAACACCGACACACGCCUCCUGCCUGCGGACUCCUCUCAGGUACAGCAACCUGCCGUCUGUUUGUCCGGACAGUCACUCCGUGGAGACCACACGAGCGACUUUUCUUCUUCUGCAGCCGUUUGUUGCUGCUGCUCCUCUUCGUCGCCCUUCAGGCCUCCUGAAGCUCCUUGUUCCUCCUGCAGCGCCACCUGGUGUCCUCUGCUUCCUGCUCAUCUGUCCACCUCCUCCAACAAAAACUUCAUUACCCAGCUCUCCCAGCAGCUCAGCUUGGCUGCGAGGGAGAAGAUGGUGAAUGAAGAGGAGGUGGAGGAGCAGCAGCAGGAGGAGGUGGAGGAGGAGAGGAGGUCUGACUCCAGAGCGAUUCAGUCUCAUGUGGAUGUGGGCGGUCACAGCCCGAGCUCCAGGGAUGGUUACUUUGAGAUGAGUCUGGAUGACUCGGGGGAGGAGCCUGUUUGCUCCUCCCCCUCGUCGCUCCCCGCUCCUGCUCCUGAGAAGGACGGCGUCCGACUGGAGGAGCCGAGUGAGAAGGAGGCGGAGCUUCUGAUCCGUAGAGUUCUGUGGUGCUGCUGCGUCCGAGUGGACGAGGAGGUGAAGCAGAGGGAGGCGUGCCUGGUGCUGACGGACCAGCUGUUGGGCCUGCUUCUGUCACAUGACUCCCUGUUGGCCAAUCAGGAGAGAGAGCAGGACCAGAGUCCAGCUGUGGAGGAGGUUCUGUUGGGCCUGCAGGUGGACCUCCUGGUGCCAUACUCCCAGGUUACGCUGUCCUCCCGGUCCGAGCUCCCCGACUCCUGCCUCUCCUUUGGAGUCCAAGCCAGCCCGACGCGCUGGUACAUCUUCUCUGAGGCUGAGGAGGUCCGACAGACCAGAACUGAGCUGAAAGCCCUGCAGCAGACGUCAGAGUCUCAGAGCCCCCCAGAGCCCCUCAGCACUCCUCAGCUCCUCCCCCCCUCGCUGGUCAACUCCUGGGAGCUGGAGGAGAGUCUGGGAGCCCAGGGAGGCUAUCCUGCCCACAUCCUCUGCUGCUCCUCGUCCUCUGCCUCAGACGCACCCCCCCUCCUGCCAGACGUCACGUCUGAGGACCCCAGCCUCCUGUCACUCCUCUUCCUCACCUGCAGACACCUCUGGGUGCUGAAGAUGGACCUCAGACAGUUGGCAGAGGAGGAGAGCAACAGCCUUCAUCAGUCCUCCUCUUCAUCCUGGUGCAGGCUGGUCCGCGUGCCGCUCGGUUCUGUGGUUCUUCACCCCGGAGAGAAAGAUGCUCGGUUCUGUCCCGGGCCGCAGCACCGUCACAGAAGUCGUCAUUCGGUGGUUCUGCUCCUCGGUGGCCGGAGGCUGCUCCUGCUCUUCCCCCUGGCCCAGAACAGGACCUCCUUCCUGAGUGAGCUGAUCCAGAGGAGAGCCUCUUGGGAGGGGCUGAAGAUGGUGGCCCUGCCCCGACCCUGCAGGUCCUGUCCACACCAAGGACCACCUGCACCAGGUGGGCUCAGGUCCAGAGGUCUCUGCUGCUGCACCUGUGGCCGGACCCUGCUCACCUUCAGCAGCUGGGACUCGUCCAAACUCCAAGCUGAGGACAACCGACCGUCCCCGCACCUGGUCCCGGGUCUGUCCCCAGGACUGAAGCUCCUUGCUGGUCUCAGUCUCCAGCAGCUGCAGACCUGCUUCAGCAGAUACGUAGCUCAGGCGGAGGCGGAGGAGCUGAGACACGUCUUGUGGCUUUCUGUGGUUCUCUACAAAUCUCCAGAAACCGAGCUCGCCUGCUGUCUGCUGCUCUCCAACGACUCCAUCUACUUCCUGCUGGAGGACUCAGCCGCCGCGCUGAGCCGCCACUCAGAGUUGGACGUGUCGGACUCUGUGGACCCAGAGACCUGUCUGAGCUGCUGUCUGUCCAUCAGACUGUCUGAGCUGCUGGCUGUCAACGUGGGUCUUUUUGACCAGUACUUCAGGGUUGUAGGGCGCUCGGCGGACCACAUCGUGUGCUGCCUCAGCAGGGACAGUUACGGGACGAGCGUCUUCCUGCAGGAGCUGAUGGCAGCUCUCAGUCUUCAGCAGCAGCUUCCUCCUCCAGAACCGUCGGAUCAGGACUUCUACUCCCAGUUCACCAACACAAGCACAGGUAAGAUGCAGAACUACGAGCUGAUCCACAGCAGCAAGGUGAAGUUUAUUUAUCCCAGUGAGGAGGAGAUGGGGGACCUGACCUUCAUCGUGGCAGAGAGGAAGACGUCGGCUGCUUCUGCUUCCUUUUCCUCUUCCACUUCCUCUUCCUCUUCCUUGUGCUCCUUUAACGUCCUGCUCUACCUGCUGGUGUUUCAGACGCCCAGCCAAAGUUCUGCUCUUUCAGACCCGUCCUCCUCUGGUUCUGGCUCCGGUUCGUCUCCGGUUCUUCAGCCCCGGACUCUGAUCCUCACCAGCACCGACAUGUUCCUGCUGGACGAGGACUACGUCAGCUACCCUCUGCCGGACUUCGCUAAGGAGCCUCCGUCCAGGGAGCGUUACCAGCUCCGCGAGGCUCGGAGGAUCCGGGACCUGGACCGGGUCCUGCUGGGGUACCAGACGUACCCUCAGGCUCUCACUCUGGUGUUCGACGACCUGCCGGGCCCCGACCUGCUCUGCCACCUCACCGUGGACCAUUUUGCCUCCGGCGGGGAGGAGGUGCGGCCCAGAGGGGGCGUGGCCAGCCGAGGCGCCGAGGGGGAGGUGCAGUGGUGCGUUUUCGUCCCGGGAGCCGACAGCAGGGAGAGGCUGAUCUCUCUCCUCGCCCGGCAGUGGGAGGCGCUGUGCAGCCGGGAGCUUCCUGUGGAGCUCACCGGCUGAUUGGCUGAGGAAGACGAUGGGCGGAGCCUCUAUGUGUUUUGGCCUAAAUACGACAUUUAGGUUUUAUUUUUCACAAAAAUCACCAAAAG